AUUAAUUAGUUGAUUUAAAUGAAUUUAUAAAAGUGCUGGAAAUACAAAAUUUGUUCAAAGUUUUUAUGUGAAACAUACGUGAAAUCACUGUAAAAGAUGAAAAACAAUCGAAGAGUUUUUAUUUUGAAAUCGUUAAAUAAUCAUUUUUAAUUUUAUUUUUGUGGAAAAAAUUAAUUAAUUAGUGGAAAUAUGGCUUUAAAUUGGUGUGGUCCAGUUUACCUGGCCACACUUUGUUUCUUUUUAUUUUAUCCAAAUGGUGCCAAUUUAGUGCCAGGCGAGAGAAUCAAUUAUAAUUUAGUGCAUUCAUGGGCGGAUAAACUAGGCAUGGAACUGUUUCAUUUAGGUGAUUUCAUCACUAGAAGGAAAGAAGUUCAAGAGAGUUUUAAACAAGCUCAAGUGGUCUCUAGAUCUGGUGCUAAAAUUGUUGAAAACAUGGCAAAUGAAAUCGAAAUGAUGAUGGAUCUAAAAAUCAGCGCUGUAAAGCGCAUUAUGGACACAGCGGAAAAUACUGCACUAUCACAUCAGCAUUUGAAAGGCGAUAAAUUUUUUUCCUAUUACAAUUCCAAAGAAAUGAUAGAGCCGCAUGAGCCAAGUCCAACAGCACCGCCACGUGAACUAGAUGAUGCUGGGGAGCCAAAAAUAUUUGUACCGCCAAAAGAAAUAGUGCUUACACCCAAAACUGAGUUUUUUAAUAUGGCAGUGAACUUAAGCGUCAGUUCAGUGCAUGUACCGACGAAUGUAUUUGACCGAGCGUUGGAUGUUAUAAAGGGUAUACAAUGGUCGGAAAAUUUGGAUCAAAUAUUUCGUGAUAAUUACAAAAAUGAUCCAACGCUUUCAUGGCAAUUCUUUGGCAGUUCGACCGGCUUUAUGCGUCAAUUCCCGGCAUCGAAAUGGAAAACGGAACCGGUUGAUUUAUAUGAUUGCCGGUUGCGUUCAUGGUUUAUAGAAGCAGCAACAAGUCCAAAGGAUAUUAUUAUCCUUAUGGACGGUUCAGGCUCAAUGAAAGGACAGAGGCUAGAUAUCGCAAAGCAUGUUGUAAAUACAAUACUUGAUACAUUAGGUACAAAUGACUUUGUGAACAUCUUCACCUUUAACGAAGAAGUCCUGCCUGUUGUUGAUUGUUUUGAGGAUGCACUUGUUCAAGCAAAUCUUGCUAAUAUUCGAGAACUAAAAGAGAAAAUUGAAGAUUUUAAACCCAAAUCGAUUGCCAAUUUCACUGCGGCAUUGACAAAAGCCUUUGAAAUAUUGGAAGAUUACAAAGACGGAAUUAAAGGAGCACAAUGCAAUCAAGCAAUUAUGAUAAUCAGCGAUGGAGCACCGUUUAGUUAUGAAGAAGUUUUCGACCAAUUUAAUGGGCGAGAGCUGCCCUUUAAACCAGUUCGCGUAUUCACAUAUUUAAUUGGUAAAGAAGUUGCCGAUGUGAAAGAUAUAAAAUGGAUGGCAUGCGCUAAUCAGGGUUAUUAUGUACACCUGAGCGAUAUGGCUGAAGUACGAGAAAUGGUAUUAAAUUACAUACCAGUUAUGGCAAGGCCAUUAGUAUUAGGUCGGCAUGAGCAUCCAGUAAUUUGGACGCAAGUAUACGCAGAUGUAGUGGAUAUGAAGAUGUCAGAUUGGCUGUGGGAAAUGAAGCAAUGUGACGAUCAACGUGAUGAUGUUUUAGAAUAUCGCAGAGUAAGAUAUCGUAUGCUAGAACCCGAUGAGGUACAUCGAAGAGAUAUCAGGCGAAAGAAACAGGCUUGGAAUCAACCAAUCGAUUCAGAUGUAUAUCAAUUUAUGAUAACAGUGUCAAUGCCCGUUUUUGAUCGACGUGAAAAUGCGAAUUUCACCGAAGAGGUUUUAAUAAAUGAAGCACUUUGGGAGUUGCAAACACGUGAGGUACAAACAACUAAAUUAAACCAAAACUAG